UUUAUGAAGAGUAUAUCUUAUCAAACUCGUAAGAACAAAAUCAUACUUAAAACGUUUAAAACCAAAUUUUUAGCUCAUUCGCGCAUGACUCAAUUCAAUUAAUUUAUUUGUCUUUCAGCAUAGCAGUAAGUUCAUAGUUCAUAUUCAUAGAUGAUGAUCUUCUCACAAUGCACCCUUUCUGAUUGCAAAAUAUGUUCUUCUACUGCUCAAAGUGCAUAACAAUUUCCGGAAUUUCCAAUCAUCAAAUUGAUUAAAAAUCCAAAUAAGAAUUAAUGUAGAAGAGUAUCUACAUGCAAUGACAAUGCUGACGUUUUGGCUGAUUUCCCGCUUCCCCCUCGCCAGGCAGCAUUUAAAUUUACAGCGCGAAAUUCGAAUUUGUAAACAAAGAUGGCAGCGGCCGGUCUGUCGCACGCACGUCAGCUGCUUCUGCAAACCUUUGUCAGGACCAGGGGUGUGUUAUCGGUGGCGGGUAUCGCACCGAGGGUGACAUGCGGUCGUACGGGUCCCACGGCCCUCUUCUGCUCGGAACGGAGCCAAAAGGGUCCGGACGGCAAGCCACCUGCACGGCCCAAGACGGUGCCCAAGCCGCUGGUGACCCUGCUUGGACCGGAGAAGGGCAGCAUGACGGUAAUGCUACUUGAGGAGGCCGAGAAGAUUGCAAGGAGACGCAGCUUGCAGCUCGAGUAUGUCUCUGACCCUGAUGCCAAGAGCAACAGGGCCACCUACAGGCUACUAACUGCCUCGUCAGGCGCAGGGAAACUUGCUGCAAAGGUCACAAAGCAAGACCACAAGGAAAAGCAGCUGUUGUUAACCUCAAAGAUCGGAGCGCAUGACCUUGAGUCAAAAAUAAAGCAGAUGGUCAAGUGGAUCAAGAAAAGGACUGACGUGCGAGUCACCAUCUCCGGCGCCGAAUCUGAAGCUCAAGAGGUGUUCAGCACCAUCGAAAAAGGCCUGAUCAGUUCUGAGGCACGAUUUCUCCAGAAGCGGUUCAAAGGCGGCAACCUUAAGUUCACAGUCAUGGCGCCGAAAGAGACGAAGAAGGAAGCAGAGAGCAGUAUUGAGGAUAUCAUCAAGACGGCUGAAUGAAAAUCAAGUUUUACCGGCAAAAACGACCGCUUGACUGGUUUCUCUGUAGUCGGUUUCUCGGAAUUGGAUAUUUCCUCCGCGGGUCUCUCUUUGCGCUGCGCGUCGCCGUACAGUUUUCUCCUGGCUUCCAGGGGCCGCCGUUUCACCACCGCCUCUUCCGUCGUACUCUGCAACCACACAAUCCGUGCUACAUAAAAACGGAGAGAAGUGCACGCUCAUCAGCAACAAUUAUUAUUCCGACUCCCGCACCUGCAAGAAAAAUGCUAACCAUGUCAUGCGGACAAAUAACUUAUUUGUCCCAAAAGCCCAUUUUCUGAUUCCUAUAUAGCGAUUAAAUCAAAAGUUUUUUACUGUUAGAAAA